CGUUGCGUGUUUUUGUUUAGAGCAGCUCAGCUUCGCCUCUGUGCUGACGGUGGCGCCAACCGAGUGUACGAUGAAAUGCCUCGGUUGUUUCCCCAGGAAGAUGCCUCCGAUGUUCGGCGCAGAUACAAGCCGGAUGUAAUUAAAGGAGAUAUGGAUUCAAUACGAACUGAAGUGCUUGAUUUUUAUACGAGCCUAGGAACAGAGAUUAUUGAUAAAUCUCAUGAUCAAGACACCACAGAUCUACAUAAAUGUGUAACAUACAUUCGCGACUUUGCUCCAGAUUUGGAUAAGUCUAAUCUUUGCAUUCUUGUUGCUGGAGCACUUGGUGGGCGAUUUGACCAUGAGAUGGGAAAUUUAAAUGUCCUAUGUCGAUUCUCAUCCCUUCGAAUAGUCCUUUUAUCUGAUGAUAGUCUCAUCCAUCUUCUUCCAAGGACUCACCAUCAUGAGAUACAUAUUCUAUCUUCUAUUGAGGGCCCGCAGUGUGGACUCAUACCCAUUGGGAUGCCAUCAAGGAGUAGUACUACAACUGGGCUUCAGUGGGAUCUGAAUGAAACAGAAAUGAGAUUUGGUGGUUUAAUAAGCACAUCAAAUAUAGUUACAGGAGAGAAAGUGAUGGUGCAAUCUGAUUCUGAUCUUCUUUGGACCAUUUCCAUUAAGAAGUUGUAGCGGCUACUGCUAUUGGGAUGAGUUGCUCAGGUUGCAGAUUUCACUUUCUCUAAACCCAGAUAAUUAUGGUCCACUCUGAUUUUUUUUUUUUUAUCAAUGUUUGUCCUUACAAUGGUAUAUUUACACGUCCAAUUCGAAUUUCAAAAUAUGGUUGAAGAUUUAUAUCCAGGGUCUGGCAUAUCAUGCUGCACUUAUGUGUAAUGUUGCUACUACUACUGUAAUGGGAGAGGAAAUUUACUGUUCCA